AAAGCUAUUGAUGAAAAAGGGGAAACGAGCAUUCUAAAUGACACAGAGAUAAAAAGAAGACAGGAGGCAUUCCAACAGCUAUGUGAAUGGAAUAACGCAAGAGAUAGCAUGCUUUACCAGAAAUCAAGACAAAAAUGGCUAAAGGAGGGGGAUGCAAACAGCAGGAGGUCAAAAGGCUCAUCAAGGACUACUUCAAGAAGAAAUUUGAGGAAGAAAGAUGGGAGAGACUAGAAUUUGUGCUAGACAGUUUCAGGAGGUUAUCAAUUGAAGAAAUCAAAUCUCUGGAAGCAGCAUUUACAGAGGAGGAAAUCCAAGAAGCAGUGUGGGGGUGCAACGGUAGUAAAAGCCCAGGACCGGAUGGCUUCAAUUUCAAUUUUCUGAAGAAAAUGUGGCCAAUAUUGAAGAAGGAUCUAUUCGAAUGUAUGGCAGAAUUUCACAUGAAUGGGAAGUUAGCUAAAGGAAGUAAUGCAUCAUUUAUUGUUUUGGUCCCUAAGAAGGAGAAUCCUCAAGGCUUGGGAGAGUAUAGACCAAUCUCUCUCAUUGGUUGCAUAUACAAAAUCAUCUCCAAAAUCCUAGCUAACAGAUUGAGAAAAGUAGUGUCUUCCCUAAUUGGUCCCCAACAAUCUGCAUUCAUAGAAGGAAGACAGAUCACAGACGGAAUAAUUAUUCUCAAUGAGAUGGUACACGAAGCCAAGAGUAGCAAAAAGCCAGUAUUGAUCUUCAAAGCAGAUUUUGAGAAGGCUUAUGAUAGUAUCAAUUGGAAGUUCUUGGACAGUAUGAUGAGUAAAUUUGGGUUUAGCCACAAGUGGAGAACAUGGAUCAGGGAGUGCAUAUCAUCAGCUACAGUUUCAAUCCUGGUUAAUGGGAGCCCUACAGAACAAUUUCAAAUGGAAAAGGGACUACGACAAGGGGAUCCUUUAGCCCCAUUUCUAUUCCUCAUGAUAGCCGAAGCUCUAAAUGGCCUUAUGUUGAAGGCAGCGGAGGAGAAUUUGUUCCAGGGGGUGGAGAUCGGUAGAAGCGGCCUUAAACUCACGCAUUUACAAUACGCAGAUGAUUCUAUCUUCUUUUGCGAAGCAAAUGAGCAAAAUGUUAUGGUCCUAAAGAGCAUCUUAAGAAGCUUUGAAAUGAUCUCUGGCCUCAAAGUUAAUUUCUUCAAAAGCUCCCUAGUAGGACUCAAUGUUGAAAAGGUCAGCCUUGAAGCUUAUGCAGAGAAAUUGAAUUGUGCCACUGGAAAGUUUCCUUUUAAAUAUCUGGGGGUGCUGAUUGGUUCAAAUCCGAGAAGAAUGUCUACUUGGGCCCCGGUGAUUGACAUCAUGAAGAGGAGACUUUCCAACUGGAAGAGGGACUCGCUAUCCUUUGGUGGACGUAUAAUUCUUCUAAAUUCUGUCCUCUCGAGCAUCCCGGUGUACUACUUCUCAACCCUAAAAGCCCCAAAACAGGUGUUGGAGGCUAAGUAUAAAAUAGACAAAAGGGAGAUGUGGGAAGCAAAUAAAUGGGAUAGGCUAGGAUCGGCAUGGUGGAGAGACUUGCGGAAGAUAGAAUAUGAAGUAGAUGGAAAGAGAGGUUGGUUCAAGGAAGGGGUAGGAAAAAUAGUAGGAGAAGGGAAAGAAACUCUGUUCUGGCAUGAGGUCUGGGCGGGAGAUAUGCCGCUAAAAGAGAAAUUUAAUAGAUUAUUCCGCUUGUCCAGGGAAAAAGAUGUUUGUAUUGCAGAUAUGGGAGAAUGGAGAAAUGGGGAAUUGACGUGGAACUGGAAGUGGAGAAGGAGUCUCUUUACAUGGGAAACUGAUAUGCUACAAGACCUCCUUUCAACAGUACAAGGGACAAAGCUAAAACAGGGUGAAGACGACUGCUUUGUGUGGAAUCAUGACCCAACAGGCAAGUACUCAAUAUUAGCUGCAAAUGUCCGAAAGGUUAGCUGCAAAUGUCCGAAAGAUGAAGUAUCAACAUCUGAAAUAUCAUCAUGGCAAGUUGUGCAUGUGACAGCGUCUCUGGACCAUAAAUUCUCCAAUAGUGGAGUCUGAAUGGCCUGAACCUGGGUAUUCCUGCUCUGCAUACUGGCUUCUCUUUUGAGUGUACACUGAAGAGGCAGCUGUGAAAGCAUGAGUUCAGGGUGGAAAAGUGAUCUAGAUGGCACAUAAGUUAUAGCUGCAUUGAUCUUGCCUUGAUUCAGGCAACAUCCGUAAGAGCUCUUUCUCCUGCCUCAUCUCCUUGGCUCUCUCCAACUGUCUGAACCUUUCUUGCAGAAGAGCAAUGGAUGGAUGAACGACUGUUGGAUCAAUUUGUCUAUCUCCACUCAUUGGAAGAUGAAGAGUACACUUUAAGGAGACCUCAAAUGCAUAUGCUCAUAAUAUAGGACAUAGCUAAGA